AUGUUCUUGGGACUGCACGCCACUGGAACAGUCUUUGGUCUGGUGUAUAAUUCGAAAACUCCGGAUCUAUAUCCUGGCAACUCACAUCACAAACUUGGUUGGGUGUUGACAGGGAUUGCUGUUUCCCAAUUCCUUUUGAGAGUGUUGAAGAGUUUGUUGCAGCAGGAGUCUCGGGCCGUCCCCAUUGCAAAUUACGAACACGAGCCGCUCGUCUCAUCGUCAGAACGCCCAAAUGGCUCUACACGGCAUAUCGGCGAGGAUCACCACGAGGCUGGAGACUCAACCCACGCGACGUACCUUUCUGAGGAGGGGACCAGCUCUGAUGGAACCUAUUUUCAACCACUGUACCGUGCUACCCCCUGGUUUCUCCGCCCCAAGCUCGGUGGACGAAACAGCCAGCAGGUCUCCCGGCUGAAAGGCCGGUCCAUCGUGACCAGAUUGUACCGGACUGGUCCAACCUUGGAGAUCAUAUCCACGAUGUUUAGUGUCAUACUGAUGGUCCUCGCGUCCGUGGCUAUUUGUACCGGUGUAGUUACUAUGGCUGGAAUAUUUCAUGGGAAACACGUCUUCAACGGCCUAGCUCAUUUCAUCAAGGGUGGAGCUUUCCUGGCUCUCGGUAUCCUGACUUUGUGGCGCUGGAUGGGCUAUCUCUCGGGGUUCGGCUGGGCGUGGAAUCUCAAACUCUCCGCGGCUUCUCGACCUCGAGGAUUGAGACGAUGCGUGACUAUGGAAUGGGUUGAGAGUUUUUGCAUCUUCAUUUAUGGAAUCACGAAUGUCUUUCUGGAGCAUCUAUCUGCUUGGGGCGAGGGUUGGAUUGCGCAAGACUUUGAACAUGUUGCUAUUUCGGUUUUAUUCAUCGGUGGCGGAUUGUGCGGAUUCAUGGUGGAAUACCAGGGAGUUGGAGGAUUCUCCAAGAAAUCAACAGCAAUGCAACAAGCUCCCCUUCCCUUUGCUGAAAAGCAGACCUUGACACCUGGGUACUCGAUCAAUCCCGUCCCCACUUUGAUCAUUUGCCUACUCGGUAUGAUCCUCGGCGGCCACCACCAAGACACCGUCCAGUCCACCAUGAUGCAUAAAUGGGUCGGAAAUCUUCUCAUCGGAGCGUCAGCAACAAGAGGUCUCACCUACCUCAUACUCUACACAGCACCUCCCACGUCUAGUUCACCUCGUCGGCCUCCCUCCGAGUUUGUCACCUCAUUCUGUCUGAUGUCAGGAGGCAUCAUGCUGAUGGCUAGUUGUGACGAGGAGAAACCAACUUGUGGCCGAUGCAAGAAGGGAGGUCGUGUAUGCGAAGGAUAUCGACGUGAUCCGCAUUUCAAGAAUCUGAGUGCCCUAGAUCACAGCGCCUUGUUGGCACGGUCCCAGCCUUGGACUUCACUCACAGAACUCGCAUCCACGAUCUGCAGCCACUCUAUCGUCGAGGAUAAUGAUCCUAGCAGCAUUGGGGAGAGAAGACAGCCACUGGCCUUGAAGAGCCAACGGCUUCAAGACCUGUUCCUCAAUUUCCUCAAGGUCUAUUUCCCUGAAGAAAAGGCAGAAUGGCUAGACAACAACAACACCACCCCGGCGUCGUGGCUAACUACUUUUGACCCGUUACAACGAAGUGGCACGUCUCUAGAUCUCGCAUUAUCAGCGUUGAGCCUGGUCCGUCUCGGUCGACAAUGCGGUAACGAGAGGCUUCAAAGUGAAGGGCUGACGAAAUACGGCCGAGCCCUGAAAGAUCUCCAAAAUAUUCUCUCUAGUGGUAAUCUAGUGUUACAGGAGCAGACUCUGGCGAGUUGUAUGGCUCUAUCCCUUUUCGAGGUGCUAGAAGUAUCGGGAGGGAAUUUUUAUGGAUGGGCAAGCCAUGUCGAAGGUAUCUCCAAGUUAACUCGGCUUCGAGGUCCAGAGUUGCAUAUUGCUGAGCCGAGCCAUCAUCUAUUCUUGGGCUUUCGACCUACUGGGAUCAUUUACGCAUUAGCGCUACGUCAACCGACAUACUUAGGCGGGCAAGACUGGCUGUCGAUUCCAUGGACCACGCGGCCUAAAUCGGACUUUCACCACCUCCUCGACAUAGUGGCGCAAAUUCCGACCCUAAUCGACCACACGGAACGUUUCGAUCAAGUCUCUCAGGCGGAUAUAUCCCAACUUGACAGAAUAGAACUCCUGAACCAAGGGUGUGAACUACACUGCCAGCUCGAGGGUUGGUAUCAUGGACUCCGAGGAAAGCACUCUAAGCCGUUCUAUUGCCAACAGCCUUCUCUCCAGACUUGGUCCAGCCCGGGUUCUGACUCUGGACCUAUGUUUUCGACAUUUCUCCACUUUCGAACUUUCGAAAUCGCUCGAAUGCACCUCUUCUACUGGACAUCACUCCUCUUACUCUACAUCAGCAUCCUGAAAAUAACCUCGUCCUCCUCCCCAGCUCCAGGUGACCAAGGUUCAUCCUCUCCCUCGCUCCACAUCCUCCCGACUCUGAUAGAAGAAAAGCCCGUCCGGAGACAGGCUCUAGAAACAGCGACCCUGAUUGCUCAGUCAAUGGAGUAUCUCCUCUCGGAAAACAUGCAUAUUCGUGGACGUCUAAAUACUUUCUUCCCCCUGCGGACCGCCAUGCAUGUGUUUUCAUGUACAGGGGAUCACAAAAUGGAAGGGUGGUCUCUGUCAGUGUUUGAGGAGCUUGAUCGGCGAGGGUAUCCAUUCGGAAAGAUUCUGAGUAAGUGGGCAUGGGAUGAUAUACCGGUGUUUCUGUCCAGCAAGUUCGCUCCGAAAUAG